AUGGCGAUAGCACUACCUCACCUGGAUUACCACUGCGAAUACCUGAGGCAUGACGACCUCCUGGUGGUGAAAGGACGUAUGAACGGCUCUGCAAAGAAGAUCGCGGGUCUUGUUUCAACCUUUAUCGAAGACCAGAAGAAUAAGGAUCUUCUUGAUAUGCCACGUACUCGUCAACUGAAUAUUCCUAUCAUGCUUCGAGACGACGGAGCUUCUGUCCCAGUCGCUACUACCGAAGAUAGCCUAGGGGGUCUCUUGGCUCUUGACAUUGAUUCGGAUGUGGAGCUGAUACAUCAAUCUCAUCUAAUGACUCAUGUCACAAAAUUCUGGCUAUCGUCGCAUGGAGGCAUUGGGUGCUUUGCGACUGGUUUCCAUGAAGUCCUCACUGAGAUUGCAGCCGUGACAGGCACAAAUAUUACUAUAAUAGAUGAGGUUAAAGGCAUCCAAAUAUCUGGAAGUAGCGCUGGAGAUGUUGACGACGCUGUAGCGAAGCUCACUCGGAUUGAGAAACCCUUGUCUUGCCUUGUCAACCACAAGGUGGGCAACAUGGGUAUAGCCACAGAAGACAAGGCGACCCGAUACAUCAUUCAGAAUUAUAGCAGCCUGAACCAAGUGGCUCUUCGCCGUGUUCUAGCUGACCCCGUAACGAGUUCGAAUCUCGGUAUCAGCCAGAUGUUUGUCACUACCUCUCUUUCAUUCGAUGAGGAAUCUCAGAGUUACAUGCUGCCUAAGAACGUUGUGAAUCCACGGCCAAUUAGCAACGGGCCGGGGAAGUCCAUAAUAUGGCAAAAUUAUACUUUCCCUGAGGUUGGCAAAGGGGAUGAGUUCGUUCUAUUGGAAUCUGUUGAAGAUACAAAUGUUCCGGCUGCAACAUCAGUGACCUUGCCCACUCAUCCUUUUCUGACUGCCGAGAAGGCUAAGCAAGUCAAUGAAUGGGUCGCUGAGGGUAAGGAAAUGGAGGUUACCAGCGAACAGCCUGAACACCCACCUACACCACCACCUGAGUUUUCAAGCAAUACAACAGCAGCCCUAGGUGCUAAGAGAGGUCCAGCUAUUAAGACAAGACGGCCUAUUCCAUCAGCUAUACAGUCAAGCCAAUCGGUUCCGUUGGUGGUACCAGUGACGAAAUCUGAACGUGUCAAGGUCCCUGAUCCUGUACCCAAGAAAGAAGAUGCCUCCGCACCCCGCAGAAAAUUCAAAAUGACAUAUAGCAUUGAAUCGGGGAAUACAGAUAUGCGUGUCAGCUUCUCUAGACCUACUAGCCCUUGUGAGCUGAGAGAUGCGGCUGAUUCCUUCCUUAAUGCUUCGACACCUGCUGCACCGAAGCCACGCCCCUCCCUAAUCUUCGACGAAACGAAGCAUGGGCUCAAUAAGCAUCCCCCACGCCCUCCAGACAACAAAAAUAGUGGUCAAACUUUCAAAGCUCAAAGCAAAAGUGAUUAUGUACCCGCUCGGACAACCAAAAAGCUCGACACAAACAAUUUGCUUGUUGACGUGACCGCACCAGCAGCCAUAAGUACGAAUUCUCUUCCGAUGAUGCGUGCAGACCAGCCAGCUUUGAUACCACUGAAUGCAAACGUUGACUCCGAAAACACGGUUCUACAAAGCAAUGCGCCAUCGCGGAUAAACAACAUCACCCACGACUUGAGUGGCUUAGUGAUGGAAACGGAUUGUGGACCUCAAGAUGACUCUGGCUGCCCUGUAUUACAUGAGGGUGCAAAAUCAGGUAAAAAUGACAAUCUUUCAGAGCAGGUCAAAAGGCUCGUCAUGUUGGAAGAGGCUUUCCUUGAGCAGACGAGAGAGCCAACCACAAUUAGUGAAGCCUCGGCAUGCGCUGCCAAUCCUCCCAGUCCCCGAAAUCAAAUAAAUGCGGUCCUGUCAAGAAGGCGACUUGAAGAGCUCGAGAGACGACACAAAGCGGAAGGAAAACAACCAAGCGAUGAGGUGACUACCAGGGAAUUUCAUCAUACAAUGAAUCACAAAGCGCCUAAGCCAAGUCACAAUGUCUCAAGUAAGUCUCCGAGAAAAGCGAAAAGGCAAGCCACUCUGGAGGAUGCCUGGGGAAUACCGAAAAAGCCGACAAAGAGCCGGAUCUCAGACAACCCAACUCCAUAUGAAAAUAUGGGGCCCAAGAAUAUAUCUCCCCGACACACGGCGCAGGAAGAUGUGCAACAUGCCCGAAAGGUGCAAGGAGAGCUGAGUAUGAAUGAGAGUAUCAAACAGCUUUUUGAGAUCCUAAAACCUACAUUGAAAGCUGCCGAAUAUUUCCCUGGGUCUUUGACUUUGGAGGUUCAGAUUGGUCUCGCAUUGAUUCCAGUUCUGCCGAAGACCUACAAGGAGGGUCUCAUCUCCUUAAGAGAGUGGACAGAGAUAAUGCAACCACGGACUGGCGUAUCUGCACCAACUACCAAGUUCAUUGAUAGGCUCACAACAUCGGGACUGGAUGUUGAUCAUAUUGUGGACCUUAAAACAUCAAAAAAUGGGAAUCGCCGUUUCUUUGAACACGAAGACAACGAGUAUAGUGUUUUCUAUGAGUUCCAUUGCCUCUCUAAAACAGAUCAAUCUAUCAUUGUCGAAGUUGAUGGACGCGGAAAAUAUUCCAUCAAGAAGCCAACCGAAGCACUAGGUGCAGUCAAUAUUCACUUUCCUGGUAGUAUCUGGGAUGCUCGUAUGAUUGUCCGUGGCAAUAUUGCAUAUCCUAUCCAAGGAUAUCAAGAAUUUGAAGACGCCGCCCGAUAUUUGGUGGACCAUCUCUGGGUCCAGCCCGACAAACACCUCGUCCAUCUUUACACUAAAACUUCCAAAGACAAACAUCUGACUGUGGACAAAGUUCUUAUGAAGCGUUGGACCCGCUAUCGGUAUAUUCGUUCGAACGAUUGCUCCUCUAAAGGCAUCAACACCCCCGACACUUCGUCAUCGACAGGAGGAAAAGCAGAUUCCGCUGCUGAUUCUGCGGGAUCCAAGAGUGCAGCAAAAGAAAUGAACAGUGUCGACAACGGUGGGACCCCCGAAGCACAAGAGCUUCAACUGCAAGUCACAGAAGUACAGGAUCUAUUGAUAGGGUCCAGCUCCGCGGACACUCAAGCAAUAAGAGCACGUUGCAUUCCACUGGCGGAGAUGAUACGCAGGGGGAGGCAAUGGUAUGAAGUUUCGCUUGUUAGCUCUGCCAUUGAUGCUAUAUUGAAGACUAAUGCGAAUAUCGAAAUUGGAGAGCGCACGCACGAUUGGCGUAGCCUUGACCUGCUUGGAAACGACGCUAUUUUACUGCAAAGCAGCAUACCGGGUCCAGAUUCAGCAUUGCCAUCUAGGCCGGUCGCUACUGCUGUGGGGGCCGCAGGUAUUGGUGAUCUCCUCCGCCUAACGAAAGCGGUAGUUCAGAACAUGGAUGGUGUUGGAUUUUGGAACUGUGGACCUUGUGGUGAUGUUGCCCGGAUGCCAGUGACCGGUUCUCUGAACGCCUUAAGUAUCCCCAACAGACCUAUCACAUCAUCCAUGGAUGUCAUAGCAAAGACAGAAAGGAAGAGCUUGAACUUUGACGAAUUGGAGAGUAUCAAGGAAGUGGAAAGUAGCAUUGGGAGCGCCCCAGCGGCUAACAAACCGAAUGCUGCCUCUGACCUGAAGAAGGAACAGAUUGAGAUUGAUUACUGGUGA